AGCUGAAAACAGACCUUGAUUUACCCCUGAAUUUCCAGGACUGGCCUGUGACAUCAGUGACAACGCGGCAACGACCCUAGAAUCAGCCACAAAGAGGGGCAGCUAAAAGCAACUCCCAUAUAUGGUGGGAUAUUUCCAGCGCGUUUCAGUUCACUCCUAUUCUCUCAUCUCCUCUACUUCAAUCUCACGAUCAAAUCUUACUCACCACUACUAAUCAUUGAAGUCAAGAUGGAGAACGUCGGCCCAACACAAACCGAUUACGAACCUCACCCUCUCACCGAUGAACACUACGAUGCUUCUGCGAAGGCAUUGACCGAGCUUACGACACGAGCAGAGAACCACAAUCAACCUCCCAAAUCCCAUAUCCACGGCUCCUCAAGCACAACAGAAUCACACGCCUGGCUUUCGAAGUUCCUCCCUCCCUCCACGAUCCAAGCUGUCGAAAACAAGUUCCACCUCGGCAAUUAUGUCCUCGACCGCGAAACUGGGGAGAAAACAUGGGAGGCAAUGUCGGUGUAUGUGCGUGUAGGCAUGCACUUGCUAUAUUACGGCUCCGCGCAAGAGGAAGCUCUGCAUUGGAAGAAGACCCUCGACCUGCUGAAGGCGCAGAGCGAGAAGAUGGGCAAGGAGUACGACUCUCCCGAGAGCAAGCAGCAUAUUGUGCCCUUCAUCCAGUCCUUCGACCUCGAGAGUGGCUUGCAUGAGAUGGUACAACCGGAUCCCAAUGCGUACUCGACUUUCAAUGAGUUCUUUGCGAGACAGAUUAGGGAGUCUGCUCGUCCUGUCGCAGAGCCGGAAAAUGAUCUCGUCACAUCUUCUCCUGCGGAUUGUCGAUUGACCGCUUUCCCAACCGUGGAUCUUGCGAAGAAAUACUGGAUCAAAGGAUUUGGCUUCACUCUAGCGGCUUUGCUUGGAGAUGAACAAUUGGCUUCACAAUUCGAAGGAGGUUCAAUCGUCAUCGCGAGAUUGGCACCGCAAGACUACCACCGAUGGCAUGCUCCAGUUUCUGGCACCGUUCGAGGCAUCAAGGAUAUUCCAGGCGCAUACUAUACCGUCAACCCACAAGCUAUCAACGAACCUGGAACCCUCGACGUCUUCUGCGAGAACAAACGCUCUGUGAUGACCCUUGAAAGAUCUUCGACAGGUGCGCCAAUCGCGAUUGUGGCCGUGGGGGCAAUGCUGGUUGGCAGUAUCAAGUACGUGGGUGGUGUGGAUACGAUUGGUGCAGAAGUGAGAAGAGGACAAUGUCUGGGAGCUUUCUAUUACGGAGGCAGCACGGUCAUUGUUCUGUAUCCUCCGGGAGAAGUGGUGCUGGAUGAGGAUUUGGUGAGGCAUUCGACGGAAUUGGGCAUGGAGACGUAUGUUAAGGUGGGAUGGAGGACGGGAAUGAAGGCGUAGAUCUGGAUUUGAAUUUAGUUUAUCGAUGGUUUCUGCAAUGCGUUUCCGAGUGUGAUUCUU